UUGAAAAAGGAGCAUACGACGACCUGACCAUCCUUAAAGAAUGGCGGCAUGACGGUAGAGCAUUUCACAAGCGGGAAUGUUGCAACGCUUCUUUAGCCUUCCUCGAAUCUUCUCCCGUCUCGCAGGACCUUUACUUGAAAUGGGGCACCACAUUUCUUAUUCCACAUAUGCUUCCCAGCCCCCACUCUCCGACCUCGAUCAAACCAUGGCUUCAGUACAGUUUAUUUCCUUACACUCCUGCUUUUAUUUCAUGGGACUUUGCAGGAACAUUGAUACUCUCAUCAAGUUCCAUGGAUUGCUCAUAGUUCACGGCCUUGUCGGUAAUCUUCUUUGUGAUACUAAGUUAGUCGGUGUUUAUGGGGCACUUGGGGACGUGGGGUCUGCUCGCAUGGUGUUCGAUCAAAUGCGCGACCCAGACUUUUAUGCGUGGAAAGUAAUGAUCAGGUGGUAUUUCUUGAAUGACAUGUUUGCGAAUAUUAUUCCGUUCUAUAAUCGCAUGCGAAUGUCAUUUAGGGAAUGUGAUAACAUUAUUUUUUCAAUUAUUUUGAAAGCGUGUUGCGAAUUGCGUGAAAUUGAUGAAGGGAGGAAGGUCCAUUGCCAGAUUGUGAAGGUGGGGGGUCCGGAUAGUUUUGUAUUGACUGGUUUGAUAGAUAUGUAUGGUAAAUGUGGGCAGAUUGAGUGCUCAAGCGCUGUGUUUGAAGGAAUUAUCGAUAAGAAUGUGGUUUCUUGGACUACAAUGAUUGCGGGAUAUGUACAAAAUGAUUGUGCAGAGGAGGGUCUGGUUUUAUUCAAUCGGAUGAGAGAAUCAUUGGUCGAAAGCAACCAAUUUACUUUAGGGAGCAUAAUAACUGCUUGUACAAGAUUAAGAGCUUUGCAUCAGGGGAAAUGGGUACAUGGCUAUGCCAUUAAGAACGUUAUUGAACUUAGCUCUUUUUUGGCGACAGCUUUUUUGGACAUGUAUGUUAAAUGUGGGCAAACAAGAGAUGCUCGCAUGAUAUUUGACGAGCUACCUACUAUUGAUCUCGUUUCAUGGACUGCAAUGAUCGUUGGAUAUACCCAAGCCGGCCAACCCAAUGAGGCAUUGAGUCUUUUCACUGAUAAAAUAAGGUCUGGUCUCUUACCUAAUUCUGUCACUGCUGCAAGUAUUCUUUCGGCAUGUUCGGUGUCUGGUAAUUUAAGUAUAGGAAUGUCAGUUCAUGGACUUGGGAUUAAACUUGGGCUGGCAGAGUGUGCAGUGAAGAAUGCUCUUAUUGACAUGUAUGCUAAAUGCCAUAUGAUUGACGAUGCUUAUGUUGUAUUUCUUGGGGUUUUGGAAAAAGAUGUGAUUACUUGGAACUCAAUGAUAUCUGGGUAUACUCAGAAUGGAUCUGCAUAUGAUGCCCUCCGUCUCUUCAAUCAAAUGAGAUCAGACUCGCUUGCACCUGACGCAAUAACUCUGGUGAGCACCCUUUCAGCAUCUGCCAUCCUAGGUGCUGUACAGCUCGGUUCAUCACUUCAUGCUUACUCGAUUAAAGAAGGCUUAUUUUCAUCAAAUCUUUACAUUGGCACUGCACUUUUGAACUUGUAUGCUAAAUGUGGCGAUGCUAAAUCAGCACGUAUGGUGUUCGACAGUAUGGGAGAUAAGAAUAUUAUCACAUGGAGUGCAAUGAUAGGUGGUUAUGGAGUGCAGGGUGAUGGAAGUGGAUCCCUUGCCAUUUUCUCCGACAUGUUGAAGGAGGAUUUAAAACCUAAUGAUGUAAUUUUCACGACGGUAUUAUCUGCUUGUAGCUAUUCUGGGAUGGUUGAAGAGGGAUGGAAAUAUUUCAAAUCUAUGAGUCAGGAUUAUAACUAUGCGCCUUCCAUGAAACACUAUGCCUGUAUGGUUGAUCUUUUAUCCCGAUCUGGUAGACUGGAGGAAGCAUUGGACUUUAUUAAGAAAAUGCCAGUUCAACCAGAUAUUAGUUUGUAUGGAGCUUUUCUUCAUGGAUGUGGAUUAUACUCGAGGUUUGAUCUUGGAGAAGUCAUAGUCAGAGAAAUGCUAGAGCUUCAUCCAAAUGAAGCUUGCCUUUAUGUGCUUUUAUCUAACCUGUAUGCUUCAGAUGGGAGAUGGGGCCAAGUUAAUGAGGUGAGAGAUUUGAUGCUACGGAGAGGAUUGAAAAAGGUUCCAGGGUAUAGCCUAGUAGAAACUAAUGCAGGUGUGCCAUUUCAUUAGUUGAAGUGACUUGUGUGGUUCCUAUCUUCAUGUUUUCGUUGAGAUAAUCAAGAUACUUUACCCAGUGAGGCUCUAUUAUAUGGAUCUAUGACAUUUUCUUAAUGUCCUUGUUCUUUCCUUCGCUGGAGUUUCGACAAGCCUUGUCGAAUAGGGAAACGUUGGAUACUAUCAAUCUUCUGUCCUUGCGUGGAGAGUUUUGGUGGAUGGAAAGAAGGAUGUUCGUAUCUAGAAUCCUGUCCUUUUGAAUGGUUCUCGUGUAAAUCCUUUUUUUCUUUUGAAUGGUUCUCAUGAUUCUCAUGCACUCUAAAAAAAUCACGGUGGUGACUUUGUGAUGUUUUGUCGUGAAAGGAUGUCUUGGAGGGCAAGGAGCUGCAUACUCAAUGAUUGUCUAGGAUUGUAGCAGUGAAGUACACAAUUAACUUCUCAUUGACAAGAUUCUUCUGCAAGCACAACUUACACUUAAGCUGAUUGUACACAUCUUACAAAGGACUUGAGCUAAAGGAUUUCGAGUCGUUACAUCGAGCUAAUUAGAGUGGCAUCCACCAGGACUAAUUGGCCAGACAUACUACAGUGACAUCGUCAAUUCUAAAAGCAAAGUGUUUUGAUUGAUUCUUUUGCUUCUUGAUCAGAACGUGAAAUUGACUGCAAUUUACUAAAAGCCUUGCACUGUGGAGGACUCAUGUUUUACGACUCUGAGUGGCAGAGACUUCCUUUUACCUCUCUAACAGGAUUGCAAACGGUGAAAAUUAAGCUUACAAAACAACAACUUGAGUUCCUUUGUGGGAUCAAUUCAUCAGUGGUCGAGCUAAGGAAGAUAUGGAACCUAUCCUUAAUUAUUCAUAUAAAUUCUUGCAGAGUGGACCAGAGAACUCCGAAAGAUCAUACGGAAGGCAACGGUGAUGAGCAACCUUCAAUCAUUCAACUCAGAAUACAAAUGAUUCAAGUGUAGGAAGCUGUCCAUCAUCUCAAGUUUCAAGCAUUCUGUACUCUAGGAGAAAAGCUCAAGACGUGGCUCAUUUGGCUCAGGAAACAGAUCUCCACAUUCUUCUGAUUUAAGGAUAGCACUCUACCUAGAUACCAUGGAAGAGAAGAUUUACUUUCUGAACUUACACUUGGAGAACCAUACUCCAUCAAUUGUAGUUAUAAAACUACUACGAAAGCUGAAGAACAAUGCUGUGUGGAGGUAGGAGGAGGCCUAUAGGUCGUGAGCCGCCUAUCCCAAAAGAAAAUGGGAUAAUAGAAAAAUCGGGAUUCUUCAUUACACUUAGAUUGAAGCCAACAACAAUCAUAAUUCAAGACUUCUAGGUAAACCCUUUUAGAGGAAGAUUUGAAAGGUUGUGUAUGUUAGGAAUCACGAACCUGACAUGAUAUUGUCCACUCUAA